AUGGAGGACCCACAAGUUGCCGUUGAGACACCCCAAGUCACAUUCAAAAAAAGAAAUCCCAAAGUCAAGUCCACCAUUCGAAAGCGAGCCGCCACCCCUCCACAAGACGAUGACUCGGAUUCGGGCUUUUCAUCAUUCGAGGACGAGGAGGGAAGACAAAUCAAGCGAAGGCGCAAGAAUGCAGGCGUCACCGCAUCGUCAAAGGCCAAUCCUCAACCUCGCCAGAAGCCAGACGAAGAGGCCUCGGCCGCACCCGUGAUCGCUGCAACGAACAGGGACGAUGCCACCAAAGCAUCGAAUUGGUACGAUGAAGAUGACAACAAACAGUCUGAUAAGUCUUCGUCCAAAGCGACAGACAUAGCAGCUUCGGAUGGAACAUACAAAGGCGUAGCAAACUAUCAGUCAUUCAUACAGAAGAAUCCAGAUCGAGCCCCGAAACAGGUCGGACCCGUCAAAUCUUCAACCAACGUGAGGACGAUCACCGUUACAGAUUUUGCUCCCGACGUCUGUAAGGAUUACAAGCAGACCGGGUUCUGUGGAUUUGGAGACAACUGUAAAUUCCUGCAUGCACGUGAGGACUACAAGCAAGGUUGGCAGCUUGACCGAGAUUGGGAAAUCAGCACCAAAGGAAAGAAUCCGGCCGCCAAAACUGUGGCAUCUGCCAACCGCAACGCUCAAUCAAAAGAGGAGGACGAAGACGAUGAAAAGCUACUUGAGAGCAUACCGUUUGCCUGCAUUAUCUGCAAAAAAUCAUAUACAAACCCCAUUGUCACGAAAUGUGGCCAUUACUUCUGUGAGGCAUGCGCCCUGAAACGGUUUCGAAAAGAUCCCUCGUGUGCUGCCUGCGGCUCAGGAACGGGAGGCGUAUUCAAUGUGGCCAAGAAGUUGAACCGGUUAUUAGAAAGGAAACGGGAAAGAGAGAGGCAGAAGAAAGAGAAUGUUGCUGAGGAAGAAGAGGGUGCAAAAGCUGCUUGA